AUGGAGGGGAGCAGCAACAGUCCGGACGGGCAGUCGUCCGGCGGCAGCCCAGAGGAGCGAGGCAGCAGUGGUGGCAGCGGCGGCGGUGGCGGAGGGAGGGGGGCAGGGGAGCCGGUGCGCUCCAGGUGGACGCCCAAGCCGGAGCAGAUACUGAUCCUGGAGUCUAUCUUCAACAGCGGCAUGGUCAACCCGCCCAAGGACGAAACCGUCCGCAUACGCAAGCUGCUAGAGCGCUUCGGUGCCGUCGGUGACGCCAACGUCUUCUACUGGUUCCAGAACCGCCGCUCCCGCUCACGCCGCCGCCAGCGCCAGAUGCAGGCCGCCGCUGCUGCCGCUGCAGCGGCCUCCUCUUCCGCCUCUGCCGCCGCGAAUACCUCUCCAGCUACAAGCUCCACCAUCAUGGGCCUUCCAUCUCUCGCCGGUGCAGUUCAUGCCAUGGCCCCAAUCGGUGGGAGCGCCUGCCAGUACGAGCAGCAGGUGAGUUCGUCCUCCUCGUCGGGAAGCACAGGAGGGUCGUCUCUGGGGCUGUUUGCACACAGCACGGGGAUGUCGAGCGCCGCCACCGUAGGGUUCCUGCAGGCUUCGUGCGGUGCCUCGUCGCCGCUGGCGUCGGGACUGAUGGGGGACAUCGACGGCGGGGGAAGCGACGAUCUCUUCGCUAUCUCGCGGCAGAUGGGGUUUGUGGGUAGCCCCGGCGGCUCGUCAUCGGCGGCCACGACCACUGCCGUGCAGCAGCAGUACUAUGCGUGCCAAUUACCUCCAGCGACGAUCACGGUGUUCAUCAAUGGAGUCCCAAUGGAGGUCCCGAGGGGUCCAAUAGACUUGCGAGCCAUGUUCGGCCAGGAUGUGGUGCUCCUCCACUCCACUGGGGCCGUCCUCCCAGUCAACGACUAUGGCACUCUAAUUCAGAGCCUGCAAAUGGGAGAAAGCUAUUUUCUGGUAACCAUCCAUAUCACCUCUCAAGUUCAUUUUUCUUUCAUGAAAAUAUCGUUACUCCGCACAUAUACAUGCAUGUAUGCAUAUCAGUCAGGUUAA